AGUGUUUGCCUACUCCAUGCUACUGGUCCACAUUAGAAGACAAUUAUAUGAUAACUUAAUUGUUUGAGAAUAUUUCUAUACUUUGCUAUUGCUUUAAAACCCAGGAGACAAUGAAAGGGGACCAUUUGGUUUUAAGUCACUUUCAAGUUUCUGGUUUUGCUCCCUAAGGGCUUCCUUAAUGUCAAUCUCUUUCUCCGACAGUCGUGGGGACCUUUGCCUGGUAUUUUUGUUUCUCUGUGCUGUUUGUAAAUAAUUAGUUGUGCAAAUUUCCAAAUGAAAAAGACAAUCCUCUUCAGCAUCAAAAAAAUGUGAACAGUUGAAUUGCCACCACUCAGGCGUUUGGUGGAUGUAAAAGCUUGAGAUUUCUUUACCAAGAGAAGUACUGAUAUUUCCUUGUUUGGAUUGCAGAUGCAUCCACCAAUGAAUGAUACAAAAGUUCUUGAUAUGGCUAUAGGUUAUAGUAUGUAAAAUCAAGAUAUGCUUUCACAUUUCCAUGGAAAUGACUGUUGUCUUUGCUGUCAUGAAAGGAAAGGGGAAUGUUAAUAUUUAAGAGACCAAUAAAAACCGAAUAUCUUUGUUUCUUGAUAUAUAUAUACACACACACACCCAUAAACAUCAAUAAUAUCCUUAAAAUAUCAUGUUCUUCUUAUUAUAUUCCUUUAUCACAGAAGCAUACAUGUUAUUUUCGUAGCUAUGACUCAAAAAAGGUGAAAAUCUGCAGCAGAGUAGUAUUUUACCACAACAAGGACUAACGAUUUUGACAGGAAUUAGAAGAAACAUUUACUCUUUAAAAUUUUCAUUUAGAUGCUGAAAACCUGUGUGUGCUUUUGUUGUGUUGACAAUGUAAUGCACAUUUAUGAUUGGCAGUAUGACAAUGUUGUUUCAAUGGAUUAAUAAAUCAAGGAUACAAUGUGGUAUAAAGUAUAAACUAAUACUGCUAAGGACAAAGUAUUUAAUGGAUAUUUUUGCGUUGCAUGGUUAUGGGCAGUCUAGAAGUCUUUAUAUAAGCAUUUCAGGGGAGAAUUAAUUUCUUCAAGAAUAGAACAUAAAAAGAAAAUGGCAAUAUUCACCAACUUGAAUAUAAAUUGUAUACUAAAUUAAGGUAAUGUAAGGCAACUACCGUGGGUGUAUAUGGGGUUUGUCUUUGUAUUUCAUUACUCUUUCUUCAUUUCGUUUUCAGUUAUUAAUUGAAGUUGUCUUUAGUAGACCACCCCAUAUGUUAUUGUUAGGGAAAGGAUAGUGCAUCCUCCAAUCAAUACUGCUUUAUAUAUAUACAGAAUUUAUUCCAUAUAUGCAUGAAAAGUUCCCUCUUUCUAUUCCUUAAAGCUAUACAGAGCCCUUUCCUUCUUUGAUCCUUUAAUUUCUGCAAUCAAUUAGAAUAUCAAAAAGAUGGAAACAUCACAGUCGCUUUCUAUUGAGAGCUUUUCAUAUAGUUGGUUAGUAGAUUUGGGAGAUUCUUUUAGAGCAUCUAUGGAUGCAUCAGAUGAUUAUGAAACUGCUUUUAUUGAGAUGGAUCCUACACUUCCUCCUUCAAAGAGAUUCUUUAAUGUUAAUCCACAAGAUUUGAACUUUGAUUUUCCAACUUCUGAAUCUCCUUUAACUCUUGUUCAUGCUGAUGAACUCAUCUCCAAUGGUUUCUUGAUGCCUCUUUUCGUCAAGAAGCCGAUGAAGUUGGAAUCUGAUUACGAUGUUAUUAGUUCCGACUCCAUCCCAAAUUCUCCGACAUCUUCAGUCACACAGAACGAUUCACUUUCAUCUAGGAGGGUGAAUCGUUGUGUAUCGUUGAGAAGAUGUCGGACUUUGUCCAGGCGAAUUUUGCUCAAGUAUUUGGAUUUUUUGAGGCCUUUUUGCCAGAAAAUAAGAAGAUGUAGACUUGGUAGGUGCAGAAGUGAAAAGGAAGUGAAAAAGUGGGAAUAUUCUCCAGCAACAUCUCCAAGGACAAGUGUGGCUUAUUCUGUUGAUAAUUGGCGCAGGUCUUGUGAUUCUGAAAGCUCCAUUUAUGAAGCAGUUCUACAUUGCAAAAGAACCAUUGGUAAAUAGGGAAGAGAACUGAAUAAUGUUAUGGAGCUAAAGAACAAAGAAAGAAGAUUGAGAGGUCUAAAGAUGAUCACAUGUCACUGAAUACAUUGUCCCUUUCUAUUGCUCUUCUCUAUUCUUUAAGAAUGGGAUUGUGAAUUUUUUGUCUUCUUGAGGAAGUAGAAAAGCUGUAAAAGGAAGAAGUGUCAGCCAUGAGAAAUUCUUGGAAUUUUUGAAGAUACGAUAAAUCUUCGUGAUGACUCAUAUAUUUUUGUCUUUUUUUAUUUUUUUUAAUUUUUUCUCCUCUAUAGAGGAAGAACAGAAUUCCAACUUGGAAAUUGUCUAGCUUUGUGCUUUGUAAAGUUUUAUGGUAAUGAUAUUUCUCUACAUAUUGUAUGUCA